AUGCCCAAGAUCCUCAAAGUUGCUGCGGCUCAGUGUCGAACUCUCGACACAAACGCAAACACUCUUAAGCAGCUCGAGGCCAAGGUCAAAGAGGCCGCCACUUUAGGCGUCGACCUCAUCUUGUUCCCGGAGGUUUACCUGGGCGGAUAUCCCCGGUUCGCAACAUUUGGUGCCAAGAUUGGCCAGAGGACUCCAGAUGGCUAUCAGCAAUAUCUGACGUACUUCCAAGGCGCUAUUGAUCUAGGGGACACGCCUCAGGGCGCAGAUGACGAUUGGAUCCAUCGGAGACUUCCCAUUAGUGAGAAUGGGAUACGCGGAGACGGUAUUCGAGAAGAGCUGGAGAAAAUUUCUCAAGAAACUGGAGUGUAUAUCGUCACUGGCGUUCUAGAGCGUUCCGGAGGCACUCUUUACUGCUCUGUAGUCUAUGUUGAUCCUGCCAAGGGUAUUGUGGGAAAACGACGCAAGAUUCAACCUACGGCAUCUGAACGUCUCAUUUGGGGCCAAGGCCAGCCUAAAUCUCUCAAAGCCAUCAGUACCACAAUUAAGGGGGUCAAAAUCUGUCUUGCUGCCGCCAUCUGCUGGGAGAACUUCAUGCCGCUUCUGCGCCAGGCCUUGUACCAGCAGAAUGUAAAUCUUUACCUAGCACCUACAGCCGAUGCUCGCCCGACGUGGUUACCGCUGAUGGAAACAAUUGGGUACGAAGGUCGUUGUUUUGUUCUGAGUGCUAAUCAAGCUGUUCGCGAUGAUCAACUGCCCGAGUGGAUUACCGAGAUUAAGCGAGAGGGUAAAAUGGUCAGCUCCGGAGGAUCUUGUAUUGUCUCGCCUUUUGGCCAAGUUUUAGCAGGCCCAUUAUGGGAUAAGGAUGGUGAGCUUCUCAUCCAAGAGUUGGACUUUGAAGAGUGUGAGAGGGGCCGAUUGGAUUUGGACGUUGCGGGGUCUUAUUCGCGGAAUGACUCUUUCCAUCUGGAGGUUAAGGGUCUUGACCUAAUUCCUCCGCCUUAG